UAUGCAUACAUAUUUAUUUUUGGCAAACCUGCACAAUGGUUAAUCGGGUUACUUGUUUGUUGGUGAUUUUAGUAAAUUUUGGUUCCUAUAAUGCAUAUGAGAUACCAAAGGUUACAUUUGAGGCCUUUUAUCCUAAGGGCCUAAGAGUUUCCAUACCUGCUGAAAAGGGUGUAAAUAUAUUUGCUGUCCAUGGUAAUAUAAACGAGGAAAUUCAAGAAAAGGAACCCGGAGAGUUCCACGAUGAUGUCACAUCUCCUAGAAAUGGCCGGUUUUCCUAUUUCAAUCCUGAGUUGACGCUGCAAAAAAACGAUGUUGUCCACUAUUGGGUGUUUGUGCAGCACGAUCGACGUCAACUUUUAAAACUGGAUCAAAGUUGGACCGUCAAUGAGUUACUCCCACUGGAAAACAUUAACUGCAAACAAGGCAUUUCAAAAGUAGACGGGAAAAGCAGCUGUGCAGAAGAUACAAUCUUAUUUUCGAAAUUUAAUUCAAUAGACUCGACCAACUGGCUAGUGGAACAAUAUAUACCCAGUCACCCAGACUGGGAAUUUAAUAUUUACCAAGCAUCUCCUGAUAUUGUCAAUAUUGAAAAUGAGAUGCUUCACAUUCGUCCUAAAUUACAAGAGCAAAAUGCAAAGAGGGAUUUAGAUUUAAACCCCGGAUGUACUCGCAAAGAUAAAAACUGUUUCAGACCGUACAUUUCCGUUUACAACCCCCCGGUUGUAUCAGGGAAACUACAGUCAAAAAAAUCGUUUUGCUUUGGAAAUGUGACCGUAAAAGCCAAACUGCCUAUAGGAGACUAUUUGUAUCCAAAAAUCUACCUCGAAGACGUAAUUGAUCCCCAGAGGAGAAUCCUUAUAGCAUAUGCUAGGGGGAAUAAGAAUUACGUCUCAGCCAACGGGGUGGAUGAUGGGGGUUGCAAAUAUUUCGGAGGGCCCUACACUAAAGUUUCUGAGCCUCAAAAAUCGAAGUAUUUGUCCAGUUUUAAAAAUGACAAAGUUAUUGGCAGUGAAUGGCAUACAUUCACACUUAUAUGGAAACCAGAUUUAAUUGAUCUUUUUAUGGAUGGUAUGCAUGUGGGUCACCACGGAAGCGAAACCCUUGACACCACCGGAUUUAAUCAAGAUAAAAUGGUUCGUAUCGUAUUGGGAGUAGGAGUGGGAGGACCCUAUGAAUUCCCUGAUGGCUAUAAAACUUCAGGAGUCGUUAAACCAUACAUAAAUCAGCACAGAGAGGCCAUUAAAGAAUUUUUGGAGAGCAAACAUUCCUGGCUUAACUCGUGGAGUGACGAUAGUCAAUUAGUUGUGGAUUAUGUGUCUGUAAUUGCUUUGUAAAUAAACCAAUUAAUGUCAA